CCCAGCAGUGGGCGGCAGUGCCCGCAGCACAGGAAGGAUUCACUGCAUCACCGGAAGACCCCGUGUCUGUUUUAUUUUCACCAUCACGCUAUGUCUGCUGUCGAUAUAACUUUUACUCAUCGCUAAAUAUGUCACAGUGAGAGAAAACCGCUGUGGUUAUGGAUUUAAAACCACGAUAAGAUGAAGCGAUAUGGAGAUGCUAGCGUACCUGCUGUGUGUGUCUGUGCUGUGCAAGCUAGCUCGAGCUAACGAUGCUAUUAUAUACAGUGACAGCUACGUGGCGAAAUGAGCUUAAAAGAGGAGCAAGCAGGUUUCCAGGCUGAAAGCAGCAGGAGCCAUGAAAGAAGAGGGCAGGGCAGAGUGCGGACGUCCAGCUCUGUAUGAGGACCCGGACUUCCGCUGUGUGGACGCCUCCCUGUUCUCUGGCAGCUCCACGCCUCUGGCCAGACUGCAGGGAGACAUCACCUGGCUACGGCCCCAAGAGAUCUGCCCGUCACCAGCACUCUUCCCAAGCAACAUCAGCCUGGGGCAUGCAAAGCAAGGCCUGUUAGGAGACUGCUGGUUCCUCUGUGCGUGCACCUUCCUGCUCAAGAACAAACAGCUUUUAAACAAGGUUCUGCCUGAAGACCAGCCACAGUGGGGUGACAGCAGGUACAGAGGCUGCUUUCAUUUUCGCUUUUGGCAGCAGGGACACUGGACAGAGGUGACCAUUGACGACCGCCUGCCCUGCAUUAAUUCAGCUCUCUGCUUCUCAUGCUGCCACUCCCCCACUGCCUUUUGGGUUGCCCUCUUGGAGAAGGCCUAUGCCAAGCUUCAUGGUUCAUACGAGCGACUGUGGGCAGGUCAGGUGUCCGAGGCCCUGGUGGACUUGACAGGUGGUCUAGCCGAGCGAUGGAGCCUGGGUGACUUUGGCUCAGAGGAGGAGCAGCGAACAGCACAGGACAGUGACCAAGUCAGAAGGAAAAGGCUGGACCUGAACCUUCUGGACCCUGUGAAGGAUGACUGCGUGCUCAGCUGCUCCACUCACAGCACGCCCGGAGGACUCACUGAACUGGAUCAGUACCACGCUCUGACUGUCAUGGAGUGGCUGGAUGUGAAGACGGUGUCAGGGGGUGAAGUACGACUGCUAAGGAUCAGAAAUCCUUGGGGAAGACGCUACUGGGGAGGAGCCUGGGUAUGGAGAGGUGCAGGUUGGGAUUCUGUUGCCCCUGAUUGUGCUUCGGAGCUACAAGCCAGGGUGGCAGAGGGCGAAUUCUGGUUGGACGAGGCUGAAUUUAUGUCCCAGUUUGAUGACGUCACAGUGGGCUAUCCCAUCAGUGAGGAAGGAUACUUGAAGAGCAUUUAUACUGGAAACCUGCUGACACACAGUCAUCAGCUGGCUGGUCGCUGGGUAAAAGGGCACUCUGCUGGCGGCAGCCGAAACUGCGGCAGCUACGGCAGCAACCCCAAGUUUUGGCUUAAAGUGUGCGAGAGAGGAGAGGUGGUGGUGUCCCUGCUGCAGUGCCGGAAAUGGAGAAACACAGAGAAAUAUGCACAAACCCCAGUCGAGGACAGCAACAACAUGAAGCACCAGCAUUACCAGGCCAUCGCGCUGCACUUGUGGAAGGUGGAAAAGAAGCGUUUCAAUCUGAGCCGGAUGUUGAACAAACCUCCUCGCGCUUCUACUCACUGCCAUGCCUACGAGAGAGAGGUGGUUCUCCACGGGCAGCUGGAGCCCGGAUUCUACCUUCUCAUCCCCAGCACCUACCAGCCAGGAGCCGAGGCCCGCUUUCUCAUCAGGGUCUUUUCCUCCUCUUCCAUCUCCCUCAGUGCCAUGAAAAGCCCAGCACCCCCACUGCCUUUAACAGCAGACAGUGAGUGGGAGACCAGCUACUUCUGCAGCUCGUGGGUUGAGGGAAAGACGGCCGGAGGAAGCAGGAACUUCCUGUCUCACUGGCAGAACCCCUGCUUCCCUUUUACAGUUUCUGAUGAUCCAGCAGUGACAUCAGGAGUUAACGUCAGGGUUACCCUGCACCAGAGCCGGCCUGACACGGAUUUGCACCCUAUUGGCUUCCACAUUUAUAAGGUACUAGAAGGGCAAUCUGAGCAGAUGCUAUCCAGGGAUGAGGAGCCUGUGGCCAGCUGUGUCCCUCACUGUUACACGCAGGACGUCAGUCUGGCCUGUUCACUUCCUCCCGGGGUUUACUCCAUAGUGCCGUCCACUUAUCAGCCCGACUGCUCUGCAGGCUUCACUGUAAGCCUCGCUCGCAGAAUACAAAGGAAAGUAGUGAAAAGCCAGGAAAGACUCGGGAAAGCCGUUCAGGAGGUUUCUCACGUCUCUGUGAUGCAGAGCUAGAUCUCUGGGACCGUUGCUGCUCCACUAACAUCGACUUACCUCCAUUUGCCUCUUGGCCCGCGAUGAAAGAACCAGCCAGACCACAGAUAUCGUGUGUGUGUUUGUGUGAGCAUACAUGUACACGCUCCCUGUGGAUGAGAAGGCAAGCAGGCUUAGUGGGAAUCCCAAAAAAAAAGCCUUUAUCCUGAACCGCCGAGGCUCUGGGUUGAUGGGCAGCUACAUGCUUGUCGGCGAUUAGGACAUCAGAGGUUGUCGGUGGGCUGGGCUGCUAAUGAAGUAUGACGGGACUGGCUGGUGUAAACAAACAGCCGCCACUGAAGAAGGCCGCCGCUGCUCUUGCUCAUUCACUCACUGGUGCGCCUGCCGGCCCAGAACAAAGGGCCCUCUCAUGAAGGUCCUCGCGGAGGCACAGGGGGCAAGGGGCGAGGGGAUGGUCUGCAGAAGCAGCGCCAACCGAACCACACCACACCAUACCGUGAUAUACCACCCCGGAGCUUUCCUGCUGUCCCUCACCCCCAGACAUUCUGCUUUUUAUCUGGCUUUAAUUGUUUGUUUCAAAUACACAAACACAGGGGUUUUCAUGGUCUUGUAGCCAAUAAGCUCCCAUAAUUCUGUAUAAUGCCUAAACCGAUUUGGACCAAAAGAAGUCCCAACUCCAUCCUCACCCUCCAGCUCCCUUUGUUUGUGAUUUUUUUUUUGCCGCCCCCCCUCAAAACUCGGUCCACAGCUCUGCUUGGACCUGAGCACAGCUACUGUUUGAAGGCGCCGCGAGAACAGAUUACAAGCAGAGGGAUGGAAAGCGAUGAAACGAGGGUUGCGGCGUAUCAGAGGAAGUCGCUUGCUCUGAUGAAGCCGCUGUGUUGAGCCUGUGUGAGGCUGUUCUUGUGUGACGGUGUAUGUCGGCCUGCACAUACGUCUGCGCUGAAGUCACAGGGUUUCUGAUUAUUCAACAGAGUCAUCAGACUCUGAAAAACUACAAUUAACAGAUCACAGUGGUACUAAUGUGUAUUUAUUACAUCUGAAAGUUCUGAAAUGUGGAGAAUAAAAUAAAAUUAUUGGGACUUUU